GUUUGUUAGAGACGGUGCAGUCUGCAGCAGGUUUGUCCCUGUGGGUAUACCGUAGGCUCCUGUAACCAGGGUAGCCAGCGACGCCGCAGCGCCACAAAGCGCGGUACCGUAGCUGUUGAGCUUACGGGGCGGACCGCUAACAGAAACUGCAACUAACUGCGUUCAGUUGAAUCAAUGUUCAAGACGAAGUGAAAGAAGAUCACAGGGCGUCAUGGAGGAUUCGCAUCGCGCAAACGUCCUGGUGACCUCGUGUUUGAAAACGCCGGUAGAUCCGCACACUAAAGCCCCGUUAGCUCAGUAUGAGCGGGAGAGAGCACUCCCAUACGCGGCAAGACACCCGCCGGAUAACCGGGACUAUGAGAAAGAGACGGAGAAUGACUCCGAGUCGGACCGCAGCGACGGGGAGGAGGCCGGGGGAGAUCGAGGCGACCCGCCGCUGACGCGGGACCCCGGGGUGCCGUCUGGGGAGCACAUCGACCUGCGCCAGUUCUGCUCCUCCAACCAGGAGUACUACCGGAGGCUGGGGGAGCUGAAGAGGGCCCACCUGCGCACCAUGGCCGAGCUGGAGGGAAUGUACCGGAACAAGCUGGGGAUUACAGCCGCCGCGUGGCCGCCGGGCAGCGUCACCGAGGGCAACCGCAGGUCGAAGUUGGAGAAGAACGCUAUAACGCCCGUGUGUAAGCUGCGCAAGGCCUUCUCCGCGGUGGAGCUGACCCACGGGUGGGGCUGCGGUCUGUCGGACUCCUCGGAGGAGGGCGUGGCCGACAACGACGUGGCGAAGGAGAAGAGUCAACUGACCUCGCCGAAGGAGCGAAUCAGGACCAUGUGGCAGGACUUCACCGUGGGGGAGCUGACUCCGCGGGAACGCCCCGCCUCCUGCUCCUCGCUCGGGAGCGAACCGGAGGGCCGGGGGGGCGGGAGGGGGCGGGGCAAGGGGAGGGGUGUGGGCGGGGCGGGGAGGGAGGACGGGCCGGAGCGGGGCACCUGGCGGCACAGGGUGACGGUGCCCCGGCCGUUCCGGAUGACGGUGCGCGAGGCGGAGAGGAAGCGGCUCGGCGUGAAGUCGCGCUCGGAGGUGGAGCUGGAGAACGCGCUGCUCCGCAGGGAACUGGCCGAGCUGUCCGAGUGCCGGAGGAAGUUCCGGGCCAGCCCCGUGCCCGCCCACGUCUACCUGCCGCUGUACGAGGAGAUCGCCGCCCGCGACCAGGAGCGACGAGAACGGCGGCAGCUCUCCCACCAGCGCCGCGCGGGCAGCUCCCAGGAGCCCUUCAGCUUCCUGGAGCGGGAGAGGAGGAGGAAGGAGGAGAAGGAGGCGCAGCUGCGGAGCCUCCCCAGGGAGGAGGAGGAGGCGGCGGCGGCGCGGGGCUUCCGGGCCAAGCCGGUGCCGCGGCGGGUGUACGACUCCACCGUGAGCGAGCGCAUGCAGGAGGACCGGCUGUACCGCGCCAUCAAGAUGCAGAUGCGGGCGCAGGAGCUGCUCCACAGCUCCUCGCUCCCCCGCGGCAUGACCGCGGCGGCCCGGCGGAGCUCCAGGCCGCGGGAGCCCGCGGAGGAGGAGCGGACGGAGGCCGACUUCCGGCCCAGGAUCAACGGGGAGGUGCCGGACUUGGACGGGAGCUACCGGCGCUUCCGGGAGCAGCUGCUCAGCCGGCGGGACGUCCGGCCCACCACGGCGUGCGAGCCCUUCCGGCUGCGCACCGCGCAGACCGCCGCGCACCGUCGCCACCGCGUCCCCGCCCGCGCCGUCCCGACCGGCCCCGGGGGGGUCGCCCGCCGGCUCCGCCUGACCCCCGCCCGCCCCCGAACCGCCAGCUCCAGCCUCUGCUCCUCCCUGUCCGGCAGCCUGGAGCUCCUGCCCGCCAGAACCACGGACGCCACCACAAAGCGCCAGGAGGCUGUGAGGAGGGUCCUGGAGCAGAGGACGAAGGCCAAGGAAGAGGAGGAGAGCUGGAGGCGAAGGCAGAAGCAGAGAGAGCGGAGGCUGCAGAGGGUGGUGUCCAGCCGAGCCCGGGCCAACGACCCCCACCUGGCCCUGUCCCAGACCUGCAGGGCCAAACAGAAGCAGGACCUCCAGCGCAGGAAGGAGUAUCAGGAGGAGAUGCGGGAGAUGCGGGAGAGAGUGAAAGAGAGACCUCUGCUGCUAGAACAGGUGACGCAGAGGAACGCCAAGCGGGCCGCGGAGAGGCGCUACACGGACGCGCUGCGGGGGCACGGACUGAGCGAGGACUUCGUCCGCGGCAUGGCGCCGGAGCGGAAACCACGGCAACGGCCGCGCGGCGCGCCCAACGACCAGUCCUCCGUCGCCAGCGAGGAGAAGCAGCGUGGGAAGGGGGACGCUGGUGCUGCACUGUCUGCGGGAGCAGAGUCCCCUGCGGAUGACUACCCAGACGACUACGAAGAGCUCGACGAUCGGGAACUGUCUGGAGAGGAGCAAGAGGGGCAAGAGGAAGAGGAAGGUGACAGCAAUAAAGACAGUGAGGAAGAGGAGGAGGAGGAGGAGGAUGACGACGAAGCCGAUCGGGAAGUGGAUGAGAACGACCAGUAGGGAGAGACGGAAGACCAUUGUUUAGACGGAGAUGGGAGAGAAGGAGGGAGAGGAGGAGCGGGAGGUCAGAGAGAGGAGGAGGAGCAGCUGGAGGAGGGGCAGUUGUGUGAGUGACAGAAAAAAGAGGAUGAGGAAAAUGGGAGGGACAGGAACGGUAAUGACAGAAAAGAGAUGAGGCAUCUGCUUCCUGAUGACUAGCCUCUCUCCCUCUUUCUCCCUUCUCCCCCUCUCUCUCUCCAUCUCCCUGUCCCUCCAUCCCUCUCCCUCUCUCUCACUCUUUCUCUCUUCUUCUGUCUCUCUGUCUCUUACAUGUAGGAUCUGGACUAAUGUAAAUCAUUAUUUUUAUAACAAUACAAGAUAAUUGGUUUUGUAUUUUAAAUGAAGUACUUUUUCUGAGAUCAGAAAAUAAUAUACCUUUAUCUUUUUAUUAUGUACUUUCAGUCUAUGCAAAAUAUGUGAUAUCGGACAUUUUGUGGGCAAGUAAACAAGCACGCAGGUUUUUUCUUUUUUCUUUUUUUACCUAUAAUACAAUAUUAAUUAUUGUAAAUGUUGUAAUUGUUUACUUACUACUCAUGGCAGUAUUGAGUAAACUAUUCUCUUUUGUGAAUAUUUAAUAUGCGGGACCUGUAGUAUUAAUAAUUAAACCGAUUCCACUGUGGCUUUAUUGACCUGCUUUUUUCAAUUACCCUUUAAAUAAAUGUUUGUACAUCUGGAA